AUUAUUUCUCUCAGUUCCACCUGUUCCAUGACCUCUAAUCGAUAAUCAGUGACAGUAUUCUCAGGAUGCCGACUAUCAAAAACAGGAAGAGAAAACGAUCCAUAGCGUUCACCUCCGACGACGUGGACGAGGCUAGUCGUGCUGACGAGGUCGAGGUCAAUGGAGAUGAACCGGAAGAAGAGGUAGAAUCAGAUGCAAAGACAGAGGAAGGUGCUGAGGGAGAGGAUGAACAAGCUGCCACCGAUGACCAGCAGAAAGAGAUUGCCGUCUGGGACUCGUUCAAGGAAGAGCAUCAUGAAGUCCUCGAACAACUCCCCCUAUCAAUACACCGACAGUACACUCUUCUGAAAGAGCUUGAUGAUCAGGCACAAGCAUAUAGUCGCCAAUUGCUCAGCACCACACGUGAAUAUGUUGAUCUCAGGAAACGCCUUGCCCUCUUGAUCGCGAAUACGCGACGUACGGAUGACAAUACUCAUCUAGAGAUUCCGAUGAACAAUGAAAGUCAUCAUAAUACACCUUCAUUCGAGGGACCCUCACCCCUGGUGAACGGCGACCAGACCGACUCGCACGAAGGUAUUGGCAAGGAUGCACCUAAUGGUCAACGACUUGAAAACUCUCCUCCCAUGCGUCCAAAACCUACUGAAGACCCUCUGGGUGCCUCUAGUCGAAGCCUCCUACAUAAAAUUGCUAAUCUAGACGAAGAAUCUCUCCGGACUGCAGAUGAGAAGGUGAACAUAGCGCAAACUAUCCAAGAAACGGUGGAGCGUUACAUUCGUCUUAUUGAUCAGGAAAUUAAAGAACAGGAGGUAUCUAUUUCCCUCGGCAUGCGCCCGGGCACGCAUAUAGCCCCCAUCCUGUUGCCCGACCUCGUCGUCCCUCGCUGGGUUCGCCCUCCACGCGCUGAACAAAGUCCCGUACCCUUGCUUCUCCACGAAGAUGAUUCCGACGCAGUUGUUGUCGACGAGCCCGAUGAUAAUGAACUUCUUAAAGAGGACCAGCAGUCGAAGAAGAGCAAGAAGAGUAAGAAUGGCCCAUUCAAGAAGGAGGAGUCUACGUCAGAGCGAUCGGAGGCCCCGCCAAACAAGAAGAAACCCCGCGCAACGAUUAGGUUGACGAUACCGGUUCCGCCCCUCCAUUCUCAGGAGGAUUCAGAUAUAUGGUGCUACUGCCAAAAGCCGUCUGGUAGUGGAGUCAUGGUCGCGUGCGACAACGAGAAUUGUCCUUAUGAAUGGUUCCAUCUUGACUGCACCGACUUGACUAAAGCCCCGGAGGAAAAAGACAAAUGGUUUUGUAGGGAAUGUGAGCCAAGAGUCUCGCGAAGUGGCAGGAUUAUCACUGUUCGGACACGUUGAUAAUGUACCACUAAUCUUAUUCGUUGUCCUUGAUACGCUUCACCGUUUGCAUAUGUGGUCUUGUUCAUAUACAAGCUACCAAAUGGCCGUACAAAUAUUGUACAUGCUACAUUCUGAUCGUCUAAUCAUCUUUAUUUUUGACAAUAGUACUCCGAACGAGACGCC